AAUUGAGAAAAAAUAAUUGCAUCUGAAUUUGAUCGGAAAUUUUUUCCACCAGACUAAAAGAUAUUGAUUAUUUACUGUUUCAUCUUCGAUAGAUUGAAUAGAUCUCUAAAAUUGAUAGGAAAUCAAAGAAACCCAAAAAUGUUCUUGUGAGUCGGUUUCCUCUGCCCGCAGCAGACCCUACAUAGGGAAAUGAAGUAUACGCUUUGGAUGGAAAAUUCACACAAAGGCUAAACCAUCCGUGAAAAGUUCAAACACAGUGAAUAGUAAAGAAAACAACAGAUAGGAUUUGGAUCAAGCAGCUUCUGUGUUAUAUUCCACAAAUAUACAACAAACUAAGCGAUAUUAAAUAAUCCUGUGGUAUUUCCGUAGUAUUGUAAAGAAAAGGUAGUUCUAAGGUCGAAAGGGUCGUAUCAUUGUUUUGAUAAGAAGCUCCUGAGAGAAUUGAGAGUUUGCUUGGCGUGUUAGCAAGAGCAAUGAACAUCGAGUUUAAUCGCCUUCGCACCUAUGAUAGAUGGGAAGACGCAGAAUGGACGAUGGACCAUUCAUUCAAUAUGCUAGCGAAGGCUGGGUUCUAUGCUACUGAUCAGUUCUUGGAGGUAAAAUGUAAUUUCUGUGGGAUCACCGUGUUCAUCGGAAACUCGGGUAUUGAUAUUGUCGAUAAACAUCGAGAGUUGAGCCCAAAUUGUGAUUUCCUUUUACAUCCGGAUCGCACAGAUAAUGUGCGUUGCUUCGACGCGAAUGAGCUUAAGCGCGAAGAAUGUCGAUUGGCGACGUUUGCAACAUGGCCAGUAGCUCAUAUCAGUCCUAAUUCGUUGGCUAAAGCUGGUUUGUAUUACACGUACAAUUCGGAUCAAGUAAAGUGUGCUUGGUGCGAGGGAGUGAUUGGUCAGUGGGAAGUGGGUGACGAACCGUUCAGAGAGCAUCAAAAAUUUUUUCCUAACUGUCCAAAAGUUAUGUCCAACAACAUCAGUUUCAACCCAGCAAUAGAUAGCAGCAUUGGAAUACAGCCUGUAAAAAUUCCGCAUGCUUCACAUUUUAGUUCAUUAGAUUCAAGAGUACGGUCAUUUGAAAACUGGACAACGGGUCAUAUUCAGAACCCGGAUCGAUUGGCACAGGCUGGUUUUUAUUAUCUUGGAAGAGCCGACGAGGUUCAUUGCUUUCACUGUGAUGGAGGAUUACGCUUCUGGUUACCGGAUGAUGAUCCCUGGUUUGAACAUGCUAGAUGCUUUCCUAAGUGCCAGUUUGUGCAAUUGGUAAAAGGACAAUUAUUUAUCGAAAAUGUUCAAAGUCAGAUUAAGAACAAUAGCACCCAAGGUCAGCAACAACAGAUGCAAAUAGGCGCUCACACGACAAUCCCCAUGACACUUGAUGAAGCACUCGGUACUGAACCCGUUCAGCUCGCAUUAUCGAUGGGGUUAAAUGCGGGUCGCAUACGUGCUGUUACGAAAAGACAUUUAGAAAGUACUGGCCAACCAUUUCUAGAAUCACAGGCAUUAAUCGAAGCUGUCCUCGAUGGUCAAAUACAGGAUGAAGAAUUGGAACCGACUAGUUCAUCUAGAAUGGAUCGCCGCAUUGAAAAUGAAGUAUCCCGUUUACUUUGGUCGGCAAUAUCUUCUUCUACAGCACCGAAUCUCUCAUCUUUCAACUCGACAUUCUCAACUCCCUCGCCAUCGUCCGAUGCUGCUCCUGGUUCCAGUGCCACAUCGGAUGAUACUGAAACCCUUGCCGCUCCGAGAGAAAUACCUACCUCUAGAAUAGUCAACUCCACUGCAACAGCAGAAUGCAAAAGCGUACCUGAAUCGAUGGCACAGAUGGCCAUGACAACCAGUUCUAUGACUGAAUCGGAAGGCCUCGGGGAUGAUAAAACGCUAAGACUGGAGGAAGAAAAUAAACGCUUGAAGGAUGCUCGUGAAUGCAAAAUCUGUAUGGCAGACGAAGUGGGUGUUGUAUUUUGUCCUUGUGGUCAUCUAGUUUCCUGCGUACAAUGCGCUCCUGCGGUUACAAAUUGUCCUGUGUGUCGGGCUGUCAUCAAGGCACGAGUUCGUACUUUCCUGUCGUAAACUGCUUUUAUAAUGCUGAAAAGUAACGUUGUUGGGAAUCAUGCACAAAACUAUCAAUAAGGCUCGGUUUUACCUAAUGGGUGCACAUUAAUGUGCAAUCGACGCAGAGCAAUUAUUCGUAUAAGCAUGUAUGGAUGAAUACAUCAUAGCUGCUCAUUUGCGUUGAUAGAUUUUUGUCCAGUAAAAUUUAAUUAAUCCACCAACAGAUUCUUCCAUGUACGUAGCAGAAUAGCGAACGGGUCAUGUUAGUGGAGAAAGAGAUCUCUACUCACAGUCCUUAUCAGUGAAUAUUUUAGUUAAUAGAACAAAAGGAAUAUUGAAAUUGAAACAAAAAAGUUUUCUUGAAGAAACAGAUUUAUCAAAAAAUGGUGAUACAGAGUAGUGUAUCGUAAGUUUUGGAUGGCGUGGUGUGACCUACGAAAAGUUGGACAUCGUUCUUUUCGAAUGUAUUGUCUACAUAGUAUUAAUGUUAGUUAAUAAAUUGCAAAUAUAACACAAUAUUGCAAAAACAAGU